GAUGGCUAAUUAAAGCAGAUGCUUGUCAACUUUUUGCAGAGGGGAUAUCUUUUUUGUAAAUAUGCUGUUGCUUUGGCGCUAGUCCAAUGUUUUCUCAUUACAAGCAUCUACUGAAAUUCACCGUGAAACUUCCCUCAAGUUUCUUGAAAGUGAUUUGCAGAAUAAGAAUAGUAGGAGGACGCAACUAAUUGUCCAAAUGGAAUCGGCAACUUAGAUAUAAAUUUGAAGGUCGAGAGUAAGUUGCAUUCAAGCUUAUCUCAGCAUUUUCAUAACUUUGCUUGCUCUAGAUUGUAAGAUCAUCGUCAGAAUGUCAAACACAAGUUUUCUCAAUUUCCAGUAUGGCCUUUCAAAUAGAAAGUCCUCCAAAAAAUCACCACCCCAGUUGAGCAUCUCUACGGACAGGCAAAUCUCUAGGGCUUCUUCACAAGUCAUGCAACCAAAUGUGCAGGAGAUGAGAGCCGUCUUCGACAAAUUUGACACUAACAAAGAUGGGAAGAUCUCUAGGAAGGAGUACAAAGCAGCUUUGCACUUGCUUGGUAAAGGAGUUGCAGAAGCUGAAGCUGCGAAAUCCUUUCAGUUCGUUGACACUGAUGGAGAUGGGUUCAUUGACUUCAAAGAGUUCAUGGAAAUGAUGCAGGGCGUGGGAGAGGGGACAAGGAAAAGUGACAUUCAAGCAGCGUUUCAAGUGUUUGAUUUGAAUGGAGAUAAGAAAAUAAGCGCUGAAGAGUUGAUGGAGGUUCUGAGGAGAAUGGGAGAAAGAUGUAGCCUUGAUGCUUGCAGGAAGAUGAUCAGAGGAGUUGAUGCUGAUGGGGAUGGCUUUGUUGACAUGGAUGAGUUUUUCACCAUGAUGACUCGCACCAUGAAAGUCACUUAGUGCCUAAUUUUGCCAUGUUUCUUCAGUCCUAAUUAACUCAAAUCUUCAACUUUUCUUCCCUUAUGUAUCGUAUGUUUGUAUCAUGAUGCUGAAAUUUGUGCUAUAAAUUUCAUUUUAUGUCUUGAAUACCGAA